UCUACGGUUUAAGUGGUGCGCGUUGGAGUAUGUGUGUGUCUCUCUGUGUACUGCCACUCAGUCAUUUUAUCUGCUGUCUGAAGCGAGGUGAUGUUGCCUUUGACUUCUGCCGCUGAAGACGGUUCAAUAGUGGCAGUGUUGUGACUCGGGUCAGCGGGGUUUUUCAGCGGACUCUGGAGCUCUCUAUUGUCCCUCGUUGUGCGGCUGCUGGAGGGCGGACUGACUGUAGUGAGUGACAGAUGAGCGGGGUUUUUUUGUUGUGUGGCAUGUGAUACUGAGCAGAGGCUGAGGCGUGUUCGUGUUUCGCGGAUGUUACCGGGAGUGAAGGACCCCAGAGAAGAGUGUUUUCUCUCAUUACAUCUGGUCCACCAGAGCAGGACAUGACCGAGGGACAACUGCUGCUGCUGCUGGUGGUUCUCUGAGGCGUCUGCUAGCUGUUGAAUACAAGCAUCUGUUGACGGAGACCGACAACGAGUCUGUGGCUCUUUACUUUUGUCUGGAUAUUUACGUGUUUUUAACCCGCACACUAACAUUGAUCGCGGUUUUGCGGGUGGCAGAGGUCUGACGUUGGUCAAACACAUCGGGAGGAUCAAUUCAGGCGCGGCCACACCAUCCAACAAUGCGGAUUACCUCUUGACUGCCAUUGUGUCAAUACUGGGUGUUUGCAUAAAGUUGAGAUAACACUCCCACCAGUGUCGUCGUCCUGUUUGGUUUUCCUAAAAAAGGAGAUCAUAAGUGACUGUCCCGCAUGUGGGCAGACUGUCUGUGAAAAGUGAGACAACGAUGGCGAACGACUCUAUUCAAAGUGACCCUGGCGGGCUGUCGGUGCUCGAGCAGCUCGGCCUGGACCAGAACUCCGACUUCUCUGACUCCAGUGUGCAGCAACUGCUGGAUGAGCAGCGUGAAAGGAUCCGCAGAGAGAUACGCAAGGAGCUGAAGAUCAAGGAAGGAGCUGAGAACCUGCGCAGGGCAACAACUGACAAGAGGAAUGCACAGCAGGUCGACAGUCAGCUUCGGUCCUCAAACCGCAGGCUGGACGACUUACAUGCGCAGCUGCAGGAGCUGGAUGCUCACAUUGUGGUAAAGGGAGGGGAAGAAAAUAAAGAUGAAUGCCCUCAGUCUCCGGGGGCAGAGAGUCGAACAUCAGCCCACAAGGAACGCAUCGCUGCCCUGGAGAGACAGCUCAACAUCGAGCUCAAAGUCAAACAGGGAGUUGAGAACAUGAUCCCCAUCUAUGCCAAUGGAUCGACCAAGGAUAAGAAGAUGCUGCAGACGGCUCAGCAAAUGUUGCAGGACAGCAAAACCAAAAUCGACAUCAUCCGCAUGCAGAUUCGUAAAGCUGUGCAGGCAACUGAACACAAUGAUGACACGCAGAGUAAUCAGGACAUGUGUGGCGUGGAGCUGCGUAUUGAGGAGCUGAGGCAUCACUACAGGGUAGAACAUGCUGUGGCUGAGGGGGCCAAAAAUGUACUGAGGCUUCUGGGAGCCAGCAAGGUCCAGGACAAGAAAGCCCUGUCUGAGGCACAGUCUCGUCUCAGCGAGGCAUCACAGCGUCUGGACCUGCUCAGGGACUCUCUGGACCAGCGUCUGGCAGAGCUGCCAGAGGACCAUCCCAAGUCUAAUGUCAUCAAAGAGGAGAUGGUUUUGGCCUCUUCCCCUGCCUUCAGCUCCCGACAUGGCGCCCCCUACCUUCACAAUCAGUACAGCACCCUCAGCAAACCCUCUCCCCUCACUGGAACACUACAGGUGCAGCUGCUGGGCUGUGUGGGGGUCUUGGAAGUGGUCCCAGGUCGCACUAAAGGAACGGCCGUAAUGCUGCCCUGUUACAGCCCCGGAGACACGAGGUCUUUCAUGAGAGGCAGCAAGGGUCUCUACGGCCGCAGUGGUUCAGUGAGUGGAAAGACACCCAGCAAGGCAGAUGAGCUCUCCUCUGAGGUGAGUGCUGUGCUCAAGUUGGACAACAUGGUGGUGGGACAGACAGCUUGGAGAACCGUGGGAGAACAGGCCUGGGACCAAACCUUUACUGUGGAGCUGGAAAGGUCCAGGGAGAUGGAGAUUGCAGUUUACUGGAAGGAUUACCGCUCACUGUGUGCUCUGAAGUACCUGAAGCUGGAGGAGUUUUUGGACAACCAGAAACACAGAGUCCAGCUGGAGCUGGAGCCUCAGGGCCUCCUGUUAGCUGAGGUAAUCUUUUUUAACCCAGUCAUUGAAAGAGUUCCACGUCUCCAACGGCAGAAGAAAGUCUUUUCAAAGCAACACGGUAAAGCGUUCCUCCGAGCUCGUCAAAUGAAUGUGGACAUCGGAACGUGGGUGAGGCUGCUGAGAAAUGCCAUUCCCACUGCCAACAACUCAGGAACCUACAGUCCUAAUGCACACGGUCUAACUCUCAACACUGGGGAGAUCUCUGUGGAGAAGCUCAGUCUGGACAGUGACUCCCCGUUAAGAGGAGAUUACAAGAGAGACACUGACACGUACACUCCGCUGAGACAGACAGAGACACAGGAACCCAGGGACAUUGGGGAGGACCGUCUGCCAGUCAUUGAGCCCUUCUCCCCCCCAGACCUCACCCCUGAGUGUCCUGUCCGAACUCAGUCUGUCAUCAGUAAGCAGAGAAAGGGUCCUCUGUCCCUCCAGGACUUCAGGUUAAUUGCUGUGUUAGGGAGGGGACACUUUGGAAAGGUGUUGUUGUCAGAGUAUAAGAAGACAGGCACAAUGUAUGCCAUCAAAGCCUUGAAGAAGGGGGAUAUCAUUGCCCGGGAUGAGGUGGAAAGUCUCAUGUGCGAGAAGCGGAUCUUCGAGAUCGUGAACCUGUCCCACCAUCCUUUCCUUGUCAACCUGUUUGCCUGUUUCCAGACAGCGGAGCAUGUGUGUUUCGUCAUGGAGUACACAGCCGGAGGCGACCUUAUGAUGCACAUCCACACCGAUGUUUUCACAGAGCCCAGAGCUGUGUUUUAUGCAGCCUGCGUGGUUCUUGGACUUCAGUUCCUUCACGACCAUAAGAUUGUGUACAGAGAUCUAAAGCUGGACAAUUUGCUGCUGGAUACUGAUGGUUACGUGAAAAUCGCUGACUUUGGACUUUGUAAAGAAGGAAUGGGUUACGGAGAUCGGACCAGCACAUUCUGUGGGACUCCAGAGUUUUUGGCUCCUGAGGUCCUAACAGACACGUCCUACACCAGAGCAGUAGACUGGUGGGGUCUGGGGGUCCUCAUCUACGAGAUGUUGGUGGGGGAGUCUCCUUUUCCAGGAGAUGAUGAAGAGGAGGUGUUUGACAGCAUUGUGAACGAUGAAGUCCGCUACCCACGUUUCCUCUCCACUGAGGCUAUAGGCAUCAUGAGAAGGCUGCUGCGGAGGAACCCUGAAAAAAGACUGGGCUCUGGUGAGAAGGACGCAGAGGAAGUGAAGAAGCAACCAUUUUUCAGAAACAUGGACUGGGAGGCUUUGCUUCAAAGAAAGGUGCCUCCUCCAUUCGUCCCAAUAAUCGGAGGCAAAGAGGACGUCAGUAACUUUGACGAGGAGUUCACCACCGAAGCCCCGGCCCUCACUCCUCCGCGGGAACCCCGUGUCCUCUCCCGCAAAGACCAGGACAGUUUCAGGGACUUCGACUAUGUGUCUGACCUAUGCUAGUGGACGUCGUGUUCACCAUCCUCCGGUGAUGUUUGGCUGUGGGGGCAUUGUAACAGUCUGAGCAGACGGUCAGUCUCUGCUGGCUGUUUGUCUGCCAUUAUGACACUGUGAAAAAAAUGUGGAGCCAUGGAAAAGAACCUGGGUCCAAGUUUUGUGUGUGAGAGGUUUAAGAUAAAGAAACUGAGGAAGUGAAAGACGGCACCGAGUUGACAGUCGAUGCUCAAAUGAAGGAAAAACAAACACUCCUCCCCUCAAUCGUUGGACAAGACACUGGUGACGUGUUCAUGGCACAAAUGGUAGCCUCCUCCCCUGCAUGCUCCUACAUGUCAGCGUAGUCACCUGUUCAUCUGCGAGACAACAAACUCUUCAUACCACUGUUGAUUGUUUGGAGGUAGCUCACAACGGCAACUCAUAGCAAUGCCCUACAUUUGUACUUGUGUCUUAUCCACACAAAGGUGUUCGGUUUUAGGGGCUGCAAACAUUGAGAGUACUGUUACUUUUCUCCAGCAGUUGCACCAUGACCUCUGAAAAACAUAAUUAAUUAUAGGGUAAUAAACCACCAAGUCUUACAGUGGAUUUUUCAUGGGGCGUCGACAAACCACUUUUUAAAUGACUUAAGUCAUGAUCGUAUAUUUUGUGUUUGUGGGUUUUUUUUUAAAGGGGUGGAGUCAGUAGAUCAUGCAAAAUUUUUAAACAAAAAAGAACACUCAGUACAUAGUUUUAAAUUUCUUAUACCUGUUUUGAACAUAAAUGUGUAAAAGUCAGCGCUUCCCACUUAGAACUUGUUUCCUUUUCCUUUUGAUUUAAUGUCUGUUCUUAAGCGGUUCUGCCCCUUUCUGGUUAAGCAUAUAGUCAUGUUUUGUUUUUUUUUAAUUUACUGAUAUCGUGGUAGUGAAUGAAAAUCAAAGUAAAGGCACAAAAGAAACAAUCAUCACCAGACAAAGUAGAUUAACUUAAAAGAACUCACAGUGUAUCUAAGAUACAAACCAGGCUGAUGAACAGUGGAACAUUACAUUGAUGUAAUUACAUUACAUUGAUACUUGUUGUGAAGGUGAUGUAGAUGUUUUAUUACAAAGCCUUGUAUGACAUCUCUGGCAACAAAAAAACAAAUUGACCCUGAAACCGGUUAUAAUGCAAAUCUGGUGUCAUUGUGUUCUUCUCUUGUGAGUGUUCAUUCAAACACAGAUAGAAAUGAAUAAAAAGAAAAAGAAUCGUAAAGUAGAGCAAUGGAUGUCCAAACACAUCAGUAAAAAAAACAAACAAACAAACAAA